AUGGCCGAGCCGCUGUACAUUGGGCUUGAUUUGAGCACACAACAGUUAAAAUGCAUUGUUCUGGACCUGGAAUGCAAAGUUAAAUUGACAAUCGCAGUCAAUUUUGAUAAGGAUUUGCCGCAAUUUGGAACGAACAAUGGCGUUCAUCAAAACGGUGAUGUUGUCACAAGUCCGGUGUCUUUAUGGCUGGCCGCUGUUGAUUUGUUAUUUACGAAAUUGGCCAAAAGCGGCGAGAUCGAUUUGCGUAAUGUUCGAGCGAUUUCCGGCUGUGGACAGCAACAUGGAACGGUCUAUUGGAGUGAGCAAGCUGAAAGUAUCCUCGCGUCGGAACUUCCCCUAACCAGCGAGGAAUUUUUGAAUGCUUUCACCAAAAUCGAUUGUCCCAUUUGGAUGGAUUCAAGCACUGGAGAGCAAUGCGAUAGACUCGAAUCAAAAGUUGGAGGAAAACUGGUCCUCGCUCAAAUCACCGGCUCGCGUGCAUAUCAUCGUUUCAGUGGUAGCCAAAUUGCUAAAGUUGCGCAGUACGAACAAGAUGUGUAUUCUAAGACGCAGAACAUAUCAUUGGUAUCCUCAUUCCUCGGUUCGUUACUCAUCGGGAAAAUCGCGCCAAUCGAUUACGCAGAUGGGAGCGGGAUGAAUAUUUUGGAUAUUCACGCCAGGACCUGGAGUCAGGAUUGUCUGAAAGCUCUUGCUCCACUUGAUACUUGUUCCGCUAAAUUUGCUGAGGAGCUGAAGCUGAAGCUUGGAGAUCCAGUUUCGUCGUAUGAAACUUUGGGAAAGAUUUCCAAACCUCUAGCAGGAAAGUAUGGAUUUAGCCCUGAUUGUCAGAUUUUAGCAUUUACUGGCGAUAAUCCAGCGUCUUUGGUCGGGUUGUGCGUCGAUGAAGAAACCUUACUGAUAUCUUUGGGUACUAGCGAUACAGCAAUGUUCACAACUAAAUCGCCCAAUGCUUGCACGGAUGGUCAUCUCUUUGUCCAUCCAAAUGCCGAGGGUUGGAUGGGAAUGGCUUGUUUUAAAAAUGGUAGCUUAACAAGGGAGCGGAUCCGGAAGUCAAUCGGCUUUGAAUGGGUUGAUCUCAAUGCGAUUCUAGCCAAAACCGAUUCAGGAAAUGGUGGCAACAUUGGUUUUUACUAUGAUCAUAACGAAAUUGCGCCUCCAAUCAAGGCUGGAGAUUAUCGAUAUCCUGUUGAAAAUCGCGCUAAGUUCACCCCAGAAAUAGAAAUCCGCGCUGUCCUCGAGGGUCAAUUCAUCUCCAAGCUCGUCUAUGCAAAACGAUUAGGUUGGAAUGGGAAAGGCAAAAUCGUUGUAACUGGAGGAGCGUCUAUAAAUUCUGCACUUCUUCAACUGAUCGCCGACAUUUUUGACUUGCCGGUGUUCACAAUCGCAGUCCCAGACUCAGCGGCCUUGGGCGGAGCAUUGCGUGCAAGAUACGGCAAAGAACUCGGCACAACAAAAAUCACAGGCUUCGAGGCAACGAACAGGGUGGAGCCCCGAGGAUUGAGAGAUGUGUACAAAACAUUGAUCGAGAAAUACGAGGAGUUAGAAGUGAAAUUGAGGAAGGAGCAUGGAUUCCAGGAA